AUGGUCGCGGUAGAGGUUGCCUGUGAGGUGCCUUGCCUCUUCAAAUUCAAAGGCGGGGAGAUGUUGGGAACUGAGCUGUGCUUCAGCUUCAUCUUCGGCUCGAAGUGUGCACCGCGCAGCCUUCAUUCCGACCAGGCUCCUCCAUCCGGAGUCCUGCCUCAGCAGCCGCCGCAGCAACGCUUCGUCCCUGGCACGCGGAAGCGAAAGCUUUGCAUUCAUCACGAGGCCGGAAACUGCAGAUACGGUGCCGACUGCAACUUCGCACACGGCGUGGAAGAUCUGGAACCGGACUGCCAGGAAGCCGUGACAAAGAAGCCCCAGACAGAAAGGAUGGAUUUUAGCGGUCUCGAAGCGGGUCGCUUGACGAAGAGCCUCACGGUGCCGCAGGACCAGGUGGAUGCCUUGAUGACGGCACCUACGCGCGAGCUGCUACUGGAGGUCGCCGGAGCCUACGACAUCGAGUUCCAGCCGGCAAGGCGAGUCGUGGAGGUAACCGGCACGGCUGUGCAGCUCGAGAAGGCAGAGAAGGCACUCCAGCGCAUGGUCGCGCAUUGCAACUGGGGCGCCAGCGAUUCCAAAAUACGGGCCAUCCUUCGACCCCGACUGGAUUACAAAUAUGUGCUGGCCUCAGCUACGCUUGCUCAUGUAGGUGAACAGCGUCAGGCACAGCCGAAGGCAUCUUCGCUGGUGCCGCCUAUAAAGACAGUGGAUGAGGAAGACGAUGCACCGCCAGCUUUCGUUGCCACAGUGUCUGAUGAGAAAGCGCGGGUCUUUACGAUCGCCUUCUCGAAGUCCCAUGGUCAUGCGGGCAUCAAUUUCGCGUACGUGGACGGUCUGCUCGUGGUGGAGGACGUCGGUUCCGAUCACAUUGCGCAGUGGAACAGCAUGCAGAAGGAUGAGAUGGUCCGAGUGAAGCCGAUGGAUCGCGUCGUCGCCAUCAACGAGAAGCGGGGUGAGUUUGCGGACGUGGUCAGUGUGACGAGAAGCCUCGGUGUCUCAAUCGCCCCAACCGGCAGCAAGAAUCAGAGCUUCGAGAAUUGA